UCCCAUUUUAUUCCAUCUAAUGAUAUCGUGGAAGAAGUGAAGGUGGAAGUGAGGAAAAUAUGGAUAACGAAUAUACGAACAGCCACCCACCAACGUUGUCAACUCCACAAACCUCAAAGCUCUAAAAUGUCUUUAAAAAGUUUGUCUACCCUUUCACCUAACACCUUCUUCCACAAACUAAUCCACACUUGUUCUUCCCCAAUUUCAAUCCCCACAUCAACUUCAUCUAUCUGUAUUCACCAUUCCCACAAACAAAACCCAUGUCUUAGUAAGAGAAACCUCAACUUUACCCUUCUCCUCACACCCUUUCUCUGGACUGUCUUCCCUAAUCCACUCUUGUUGGCUCAAGAAUUUAUAACAGAGCUUCAAAGCUAUACAGAUUCUAAGGAAGGUUUCACUCUUCUUACACCUUCUUCUUGGACUAAGGUUGAUAAAGCUGGUGCUACAGCGUUGUUUCAAGACCCAAAUAUGGGAAGUAACAAUAUUGGUGUUGUGGUCAACCCGGUUCGUCUUGUAACUCUUGGAGACUUUGGGACUCCUCAAUUUGUAGCUGAUAAGCUUUUACAAGUUGAAAGACGGAAGGAAAGUACAAAGGAAGCCAAGGUCAUUACAGUUGCAGAAAGAUCAGGGAAAGGAGGUUUGCAAGUUUAUGAAUUUGAAUACAAGGUUGACAGUACUCGCGGAGGGAUAAAGAGGAUCUUUUCUGCAGCAUUUGUGGCCUCAAAGAAGAUCUAUUUUCUAAAUAUUAUUCACUCUGAUAAUCCAGAGAGCCCUCUUGAUCCAAAUAAAAGAAUGAUGUUAGAGCAAGUUCUUCAUUCCUUUGAUUCAACUAUUUAAACUCUUGGAAUUAAAAUAUUUGUUCUUCAUCUGA